AUGUUGAUUAUCGUGGCCAUUUUACAGAAGUUCUACUUUGGCACCACUUACAAGCCAGGCUUGAAUGCUGCUACGGCAUUCUUCUUCAUCUACAUCCUGGUUUGGGGCGCCUUCCUGGACAACACGACGUACGUCUACGUUCCAGAGAUUUGGCCAACCCAUCUUCGAAGCCAUGGAGCCGCUAUUGCAUACGUCGCUUAUCACUCUGUGGCGAUUGCGAUCACAUCGCCGGCGGCUCUUGCAUUUGCACAAAUCGGCUACAAAUACUAUUUUGUGUUUGUGGCUUUAUGUGUUUCCGGAAGCACAUUCAUCUGGUUCCAGUUCCCCGAGACAGCAGGCCUCACUCUUGAAGAAGUAGGUGCGAAGUUCGGGGAUGAGAUAGAAGUCACUUUUGAAGAUGCCUUGGCCCAUGAGAUGCAGCAGGUCGAUACAGACACCAGAAUUGAGGAAUUCAAAGAAGACUGA